AUGGCCUCAAAUAAUAUCCAGAAUAUUAUACCGAUACAUGCGCCCCAACUGAGAUCUGAAUCUUCCAUUUCAAACAUUGCAACUUCUUCAAUGGCUACUACUGUAUCUCUUUCUGCGGCUGCCUCGACACCUAAUAAUCAAACAAUAAUAUCCAGUCCAACAUCCUUUAGAGCUACUCCAGCAUCGGCUACUUCAACUUUACAAAGAGGAACUUCAUCCAGCGUUUCUUCUACAACAAGUGUAUCAACUGUGGAAUCUUCCUCUACAUCCAUUUCACACACUACAUCACAUUCGUCCAAUUCUUCAAUCUCUGGACCAUCUUUAUUAGCUAAUAGGGAUGUCAACAAGUCAAAACCUACUGCAUUAUCAGGAAAGCUUCCUAGAGCUACUCUAGAACAAAAGAUUCAAGUCAUUGAUUAUUACCAUCGACUGAAACUAUCUCAAGUUGAUGUGGUUGAACAAUAUAAAGAUAAAUUGUCAAUCCUGACAUCGUCGCUCUCUGACUGGAUUAAGAACGAACAUGAAUUAAGGUCAAGACUUACUUUAAGCAAUAAAAAUCUGCGUCGGAAGGUUAAGUUCAAAUAUGAAAAAAUAAAUCAUGCCAUGGAUUUGCUUGUACAAUCAUUCCAAGCAAAUAAUAAGCCAAUUAAUGAACCUAUUCUUAGAGAAUAUUGGUCUAUUUAUGCACAUCAGUAUGGUGUCGAUAACCCUCGUCGAUUAGUUGGUUUCAGCCAUGGAUGGUUGAUGCAAUUCAAGAAACGUCAUGGCUUAUUCAAAAGGAAAAAGUAUCAACCAAGUGUAAAUCCUUUAGAUUUCCCUAAAGUUGAAAAUGAAGAUGAUUCCUCAGAUAGUAAAACAUCAGAUGACUCAAACGGUACAAGGAUUCUACCUGGAUUAUCUCAACAACCUUAUCUGUUGCCAAUUCAAGUAUCACCUCGAGUGCAAAAUCACAAUGGCCUUUAUCUGCCUAAUCAACAAAAUCAUGUUCAUUUGCCUUUACAAUUACCACUUCCUCAACGACUGCUGGUGUGGCCAGAAUAUCAGACUAAAGGAAAUCCAACUUCAACAACACCAAAUUCAGUGCAUUCCCAAUCACUUACCACUUAUUCGCAUCAUAUUCAGCCACAUCAUGCUCCAAACCAGCACCAUCAUCAUCAUCAAAUUCACUCUCUUCCUGGAAGCUAUCUGGUACCAGGGUCCGGUACCCCAAUUAUGCAUCCUACUACCAAUCAAUAUUCGACACAUGGAUUCACAAACUCAAUUUUAUCGUCUAGUAACAUUCCAAUACCUUCCAGUUUAGGUGUCCCAUCGACACCUGGUUUUCCAAAAACUCCUUCACAACAAUAUCCCAUUUCAUUUCCACAAAUACAGUAUGACUUCAACAGAGUGCAAUCUACUUCGCCGAUUCCCUCAAACUCGUCCACAAGAGUCAAUGAAGGUAAUGAAGAAGAAAUGGUUAACUCUCAAGGUGAGGUAAUUAAAAUGCGUUUGGACAACAUCAUCAACCAUCAUGAGUGA